AAGGGUGUCAGUGGCAUAAUGAACCAUGGGAACACCUGCUACAUCAAUGCAAUCAUACAAUGCCUCAACAACACUACAAAGUUUGUUGAGUUUUUGUUGAAGUAUGAUUUCAACAACAACAACACUGGUUUGUUUGCCUGCCUGCUUAGAAACUUGUUGAAUGCUUUGUGGACGUGCAGAUACAAGUCUGGGAUGUCAUUGAUGUUAGCUAAUUACGUCUCGAGAUCGUUCCAGCAGUUCGAAGACGACACGCAGAACGAUGCCCAGGAGUUUCUUCUGCUGCUUUUGGAUAAAAUUAUGCAAGAGAAUAGAUUGAGAGAAAUUAAAAACAUUAAUAUUAACAACAAUAAUAAUGUAAAUAAUGAUGCUGGUAGCAGAACGGACGAAGAUGAUGUUGACAUUGUUAAAACGUUGUUCGGGGCCAGUUUAGUUUCGUGUCUGACUUGCAGCAAGUGUCAACACUGCAGUACCACCAUAGAUCCACUUUUAAACAUCUGCCUGCCUAUUGAGCUGCAUGCUUUCGUUAUUUCACCAUCGACAACUGUACAACAGUUUCUCUCCAUUGUAGCCGACAGAGUUGGAGUUGGCUGCAGUAAACAAGUUUGUCGUUGUUGUCGUUGUUGUUGUAGUUGUUGUGGUUUAUCAGCAAUAACGCAGGCGCCAAAGAUGUUAUUAAUGUUCCGGCAGGUCGCUGACGACAGAGUAAAACUGCACACAAAAGUUGACUUCCCAGUCAAAGACCUCAACAUGAAGCCAUUUCUACGUAAGCCAUCGUCACCCUCGCCAUCGUCUGAUUAUAUUUACGAUCUUUUUGCUGUUUGCAAUCACCAUGGUGACCUGCAUAACGGGCAUUAUACAGCAUAUUGUAGGCACCCAUUGAACCUAUCGUGGUACUCUUACGAUGAUAAUAAAGUCAAUUCUUUGCCAGUCAGUAACAUUGUAACGAGUUCUGCAUACUUACUGUUUUACGAAAAACGAAGCCACGCCUCUGAUUGGUCGGCUGAUUUAUACCGCCUUCUUAGUGGGCAACGCUCGACCAAUGAGAACGUUCCUUUGAAUGCGUCGACCAAUGACAUUUUGGGAGAUUACAACGUGGAGAGCAGACUGUUGAGAAACAGUUGCAGCAUGUCUGUUGAUGCACUGAAUGAGAUUAACGACAACGUCAACAACUACAACAACAACUGCAACAACAUCAACAACAACAACAUUAACACUAGCAAACAACAAAAUAAUGCAACGACAUCAAUCGAGCCAAAGAAAUUUUAUAGGACGCCGUCGUUAAAUAAACCACCGAUUGCUUUGUCUAGGCAGCCGAUAAUAAAAUCAAAAACCCUGCAUAACGACAAUGUUAAUAUUUAUAAUAAUAAUAACGAUAAUAAUAAUAAUAACAGUAAAAACGUAAUUGUAAAUAAAUACAGCAGUUAUGGUUAUGAUAAUGAUGGAGAGGUUGAUG